AUGCGGAUACGGGGUCGAUCCGUGACGGACGAGCGAGGCGACGCCCACAACACAAGGUCGGGCGAUACGUCAGAUACCCAGCCCGCUGUGGAUGUCGACGAGUUGCACGCCCUCCAGGAGGAGUGUCGGGAUGGCACAUUCGGCUACAAGUGUAACUCCAAGUGCCGAUGUAAGCGCUACCAGACGUGUGAUAAGGUGACAGGCGAGUGUAUCCGGGACGAAUGUGAAGACCAUCAAUGGGGACCAGGCUGCCAACUUUCCAACAACUGUUUUUACAAUGGGCAAGCAAUGUCCUACUUGGGGACGAAAUCUAUUACAAGCGACCUGUAUCAGUGUCAGAGCUGGGACUCUCAGACGCCUCACCGACACGCAUACAAAAGUGCCGAACAGUUCCCGGACAAGACAAUGCCGAAUAAUUACUGUCGGACGACGGAAGACUCUGCGCGUCCGUGGUGUUAUACCACGGACGUUAACAACAGAUGGGAACAUUGUAAUAUAAACAACUGCAACUGUCCAGCCGGCCGAUUCGGCGACAACUGCAUAAAGGAGUGUCAUUGUGCCGAUCUGAGCGAGGCAUGUGAUAGUAUCCUGGGGAUGUGUUCCAGUGGAUGUGCCCUAGGCUGGGACGGAUAUGACUGCCAGCAAGCAAUAGCCUGUCCUGAAAAUCGGUUUGGGUGGGACUGUUCCAAGCGUUGUUUCUGUCAGGACUCUCGACAUUGUAACAGGUUUACGGGACCCUCUAAACAAUGUCGCUGUAUAGCCGGAUAUUUUAACCCGCCAUUUUGUCAAGAAGUGAAACCGCCGACAAUAUUGUCUUUCGAAAACACUGAAGUGAAUCCUGGUCAAAAUACAACGCUCAAUUGUACCGUGACGGCUUAUCCUACACCUAAAGCUAGUGAAAUCGUCAUCCGUGGUCCCGCCCGGAGAAGGAUAACUCUGAUGGACACAGGGGAACUCGAGGUGUACCUGUACGUCAGAUUUAACUUAUACUCGGUGGAAUACGUGAAUCCUGGUGACCGUUUCACUUGUAUUGUUAACUCCGUGGCUGGUACCACGUCGACCACAAUCACCGCCAGUGUGUACGAACUUCCCCGUUUAAGUCGACCCCCAUUCCUAGUUGAUGGUGGACAAGGCAUAAAAGAAAUUCACAUCCGGUGGCAGCGGUGGGACCGGAAGCGUGGUGACACUGGAGACCCGCCCAUCCUGUGGUACAGCGUCAUGGUGCAAGACUUGCAGGAAGGCACAGAACGUUUGGCGGGAAUUGUUUUAAACAUGAAUUGUCAGUACAUGUUUCACUGUAACUUUACCGUCACAGAUCUCCUUCCUAACACCAGAUACGCCAUCAAAGUUUCUGCGCGCCGUGAUGGCGAGGGAGGAGAUGGGCCUGCAGGUCCCUCGUUGAACGUCACUACAUUAUGUGGAGCUCCAGAGCUUCCACCAAUUUUGAGGACGGUAACAUCGGGGUUUGAAUACAACAGUUCCUUCCCACAGACCGAACUCGUGGUCACAUGGAAGGAUCCACCCCGGUCCUCCUGGAAUUGUGAUAAUAUUAGCCAAUAUCAGAUCACUAUUUCCAAUGCGCAACACGCAGGUAACAAUCAGGCUGUUCAUGUGUCUGGAGCCACGCCCCCUGGGAUGAAUGGAGUGAAGAGCGCCUCCAUAUCGGAUCUUCAGCCUGCUACGGAGUAUUGCGUAACAAUGAGUUUCCAGAGUAAUCGUGACCAGUACAGCCCUGAAUCGGAGCGGAGCUGUACUUCAACCCCAAAGACAACACCGUCCGCUCCGCGAAAUGUUCGGUUGAUCAGACGGACCAGCUCUAGCUUGACUCUUUCGUGGGAGAAGCCAUUUCGUCCUCCUACUGAAACAAUGAGGUACAAUCUAGGCAUUUGGAAAACCGACAGUCGAGAGUUUACAACAAAAAUUGGAAAGGAAGUGACGUCAGCAGCAGCUGUUGUUGCUCAUACUCUUGAAGAUCUUGACCCCUUUACAAAUUAUAGUAUUGAGAUCCGUGCUGUGAAUUCGGCUGGUGAUGGAGACCCAAGUGCUGUCUUUGUUGUUGCUACAGAAGAGGGUUUGCCGGGACCAAUUCAUAAUUUUCGAAAUAUUUCAAAGACAGCAACUUCUAUCGGUCUUAUCUGGGAGAGCUCGCCAUCUAGCAACGGACAGCUGCUGUCCUAUUUGUUGUCGUGUUUCCCUGUCGAGACUAUGUCUGCUGCUCCUGACCAGCGUCGCGAGGUCAAUGUCCGUCCUAGUGUCCACCGCCAUACAUUCAGUAACCUGGUACCAGCUACCAAGUACCUUUGUAGCAUCCACACAAGUACAAACAAGGGGCCCGGUCCAUCCACACGGAUAGCAGUCUGGACGAAACCGCUAGAUCCCAAGGACCCACCCAUACCGAACAUUAUGGAACACACUGAUACGACAGUAACUGUGAAGCUGACGGCGUCGAGCGACAAAACUAUUAGCUUUUACCGAAUGAUAGUUGAAAAUUUGAGUUCGGGACGUCUGACGAAAAGAAGCAUUCCAGACCGUGUCCGCCAUGUUGGUUCCGACUUUUACGAAGCCCGUGCCAAGGGAAUCGGGGCUUAUAUUGCAGCACAACUGACUGCUGACGAGUUAAAAGCCCCGUUCGUGGUUGGGGACAAUAAGACAUACCAUGGGUAUUACAACGCCCCUUUAGUACCUACUCAGAACUAUGACAUAUGGUACGGAGCCUUCUCUAACGUUGAUGGGACAUUACGGAAAUCGUUCUCUAAAGCUGAGCGUACAGUGGGUGUUGCUCUUAGUGUGGCCCCCGCCCCUGAGAGUAACCACGUGCCUGUCAUCAUUGUCGUCCUCGUCGCUUUUGUUAUCCUCAUCCUUGUAUUUGCACUUCUACUUUUCCUGUGGAGGAAACACCACCUAGCGUCUGAACGAGAGAAAGCGGAAAUGCCGAACUUCGGCCCAACUAUUGUUCCGGAACCGGAUACAUCAACCCCUUCAACACCUGUCGAUGAUAUUGAGGCAGAACCAUUAAUAGAACACAGUACUGGUACGGCUACAGAUGCUGAGAGCGAGCCUCUUUAUGGUAACACAGGUAUGGGCGUGUUCCCUGCAGUGAAGGUCGAGGAUCUGUGGGAUUACGUAAAACAGAACAAGGAGAAUGAGGCUGAGGGCUUACGUCGGGAAUACCGGCUGAUACCAGCCGGCCUGACUGCAAGUUGUGAAGUGGCUAAGAAAACAGAAAAUAAAAACAAGAACAGAUAUGGAAAUAUCAUUGCCUAUGACCACACAAGGGUUGUAAUUAAACCCGUGGCUAAUGAUAUAAACGAUGACUACACCAAUGCCAACUAUAUAGAUGGUUAUAAGAAAUCGAAGGCUUACAUCGCAGCGCAAGGACCAACAAAACCGACAAUAGACCAUAUAUGGAGAAUGGCGUGGCAAGAAAAAUCAAAGACAAUUAUAAUGCUGACAAACCCCACCGAAACGGGCAAGAAAAAAUGUGAGCAGUAUUGGCCUGAUACAGGAAAGGAGAUUUACGCUGGUAUAUUAGUAGAGCUUGUUGAUGUUGACCAUCUUCCUGAUUUCACAAUACGUACAUUCCAACUCUCUAAGGGUAACCAGUUUAGCGAGCUAAAACAAUAUCACUACACCACGUGGCCAGAUCACGGGGUACCCCGAUUCGGGAAUUCCUUGUUGUUAUUACGACAAAAAAUCCGGGCUUAUGACAACCUUGAUGCUGGUCCGCCGAUAGUACACUGCAGCGCUGGUGUUGGUCGGACCGGUACUUACAUCGCGGUGGACGUCAACCUUGACCAAGCAAAGAAUGAAGGCCUUAUAGACGUCCACAAUUUUGUCCAACAGAUGCGGACAAUGAGGGUCAAUAUGGUCCAGACACUGGAACAAUACAUGUUCGUUUACGAUGUCCUUCUGGAAGCCUUAAUAUGUGGAGACACAACAAUAACUCUCGAUUCAUAUCCAGACACCUUAUCAGAACUGCUGCAAUAUGAACAAAGUAUAGGGAAAACGAAACUAGAUGAACAGUACGAGGUACUUAAAUUAGUAACAAAUACAAUGGAGCGGGACGAAACGACAGUUGCUCUUCGUCCUGAGAACAUAUUCAAAAACAGAUGUAAAGUUAUUGUACCAGCGAACAGAUGCCGGCCAUAUCUGAUGACUCGGGUGGAGGAUUACAACGAUUACAUCAACGCCACCUUCCUCAACGGUUACCGACGUAAGGACGCGUACAUCGCAACCCAGAUGCCAAUGCCCAACACCGUGGUGGAUUUCUGGAGGAUGAUUUACGAUCACAAUUCUUACUGUAUCGUCAUGCUCAACGAGGUGGAUCCCCAUGACGAGAUGAUGGAACAAUACUGGACGUUAGAUACAUGUGGUGAAAAGUACGGACCGUUCAUUGUGGAGACAACUGCUGAGAUCAAAUCUGACCCCAGUAUAACAGUCCGAGACUUCACAGUCACAAAUACACAGAACCCCCAGGAGGUACCUCGAGUUGUGAGACAAUUUCACUUCCAUCGAUGGCCUGAAAUGAGUGUAAUUCCAAGCUCGAAAGCUGCUCUUCUCGAAUUGCUGGACCAAGUCGAGAUAUGGCAGAAGCAGAGUGGCAGCAGACCUGUCACCGUCCACUGUCUGGACGGUGCCACUCGCAGUGGGCUAUUUGUUGCCACGAGCUGUGUGUUGGAGAGGAUGAAAACUGAUCGGGAGGUGGAUGUUUUCCAGGCUAUUAAACAAUUGCGUUUGAACAGAACCCAGAUCAUUGACUGUCUGGAGCAGUAUAGGUUCUGCCACGAAAUAGCUCUGGAGUAUCAUGCAACACUUAGCGCGCUGACGACAUUUUCCUGACACGGUGAACAAGAGUCUUCACUGUAAUAUCUGCUGUGUAGUCACUCAGUGGUGAUAUAUGUCUACAUCAGAGCUACUGUACUUGUACACAACGUACUUACCACACGUGUGAACAUGUGUGCACGUGUGUAGACGUCAAAGUUGCGACCUCUCUAGACAAUGACGAUUUUAGACAAUGGUGAUGACCGCAUGUUGAAGUGCAAUUGUAGAACGCAUUGUCGCAGAAAGCGCGAGCAGACGAUUAAUAACUAUAUAGAAAUAAAUUUUCCACUUGAUGAAGACAUCCGGUUUUUGCCGUGAUUGUCACAUUGUAGAUCUUUUUGGUAGAUCUUUUGGUAUUGUGACGUAUAUCAAAAACUUUUUCUACAAACGAAAGCUCAAUGAUGAUGGCUGUGAAAGUGUAGAGAAUUACAGCCAGUAGCAAGAUGGGCAAACAGCAGAACAACACUUUAUCCACGUGUGGAACAUGGAGUGAUGCCAUCUCUGCAAUUCCUAUUCCACUUCGUUACAUUUUCAUCGAGAAAAUGAACAAUUAUAAGGAAAUUUUCCAGUCGGAUGGCUCAUACACUACUACAAAGCAAAGAGAAAUCAAAGUGUUGUGAACAGACCAUAUGAUGUAAGGCAGAUCAAACACGAAUCUGUCAAACUACAAAAUUGACGGUGCUAAAAUAUAUUGUAGUAACGGAAAACCAUAAGUUUGAACAAGGUAUGAGUGGAUUGAUUGCUACACACUGACCAACACAAACGAUGCGAGGAUGUAUUAUAAACGCCUAAUGUAACAGACAAUAGGGUAGGGUAUAGACAAGUGAUAUAACAGACGGUGAGAGAUGGGGUAUAUUAUAGACAUAUUAUUAGUAAUUAUACCAAAUACAGCUCGUUACAAACACCAGUUUUAUGCUUCUAAAUCGACCUUGAUAUCUAUGACAUAUAAUUCACUGAUGAAGCAUCUCUCAUCUUCUGAUAUAGAAAAGGAAACGGACAACAACUGCUGAUAGCAAGAGUAAAAUGUAAUUGAUAUCAUAUUUUUACAGACAUCAUGCAUAUUAAAUAUGUUUUAACGAAUAUGUUCGUUAACUGUGAUAUGAGAAUAUAUUUAUGUAUACGCACUAGUAUGUAUAAUAUUGUGAUGUCUGUAUACCGACACAGGGUUAACAGUGUCCCCUUAGUCUGUCUGUAUACCGACACAGGGUUAACAGUGUCCCCUUAGUCUGUCUGUAUACCGACACAGGGUUAACAGUGUUCCCCUCAGUCUGUCUGUAUACCGACACAGGGUUAACAGUGUUCCCCUUAGUCUGUCUGUAUACCCACACAGGGUUAACAGUGUCCCCUUAGUCUGUCUGUAUACCGACACAGGGUUAACAGUG